AUGAACACACCCGCACUGAACAUCAUCCCGCUCUUGGCAAGCUUGUUCCAUGCUCAAGCUGUAAUGAACACGCUCGGCGAAUACCCGCCCAAUUGUGAGCUUGAAGCGAUAGGGGCCGCCGCAAUCGCCGCUUGCGAUGAACUGGACGGCGUCAAAGACUCGAUCAUAUCCAUCCCGGAGUUGUGUUCUUUCGACCCAUUCACCGUGGUCGGUCAGCCCGCCAACUGCGACAAUAGCAGCUCGAAUGUCAUCUCCAACGCAACAGCAACGGUAGCCAACGCUACAUGGUAUGGUGUCUCCGACAGACGGGGAAAGAAGAUCUACCCAGGAUACGCGUUCGAUGCACCCCUCCAGGCAACGACCGACACGGAUUGUCAAGCCUCAGGUACCUGCCUCACCACCGCUGCCUGGCUACUCGGCGCACAGUGGUUCCAGCUUUUUGUCGAGAAAAACGCUACCUUUGACUGGUCUGUAAUCACCGCGGAGCGUCUACCGGACUACUUGUACGCCGGCCAGCAGCAGUGGGAUUCGAUCAUCAACACCAACGACGCGGAUCUCUCGGACUUCAAGGAAGCAGGAGGAAAGUUGCUCACCUGGCACGGCAUUGCAGAUGACCUGAUUCCUUCGGGUGGGUCAACACAGUACUAUGACCGUGUAGCCGCGCUGGAUGCAGAUGUGGAUGAGUACUACAGGUUGUUCCUUGCGCCUGGCCUUCAUCAUUGCGCAGGUGGUCCCGGUCCUGCACCCGUCAAUAAUGCGCUGCAGCAACUUGUCGCUUGGGUCGAAAAUGGUACUGCUCCAGACACCCUACCGGCAGUUGGAACGCAACCUGUAAACGGAACAGUGCUGUCGAGGGACCUUUGCCCUUACCCGCUUGUAUCUGUUUACCAGGGUGGUGCUGCGACUGAUGCCUCAUCAUACAGCUGUGUUGAUGCGGAGAGUAUGUAA